CUUACCAGACAUCCCGCUGUGCUUUUCCUGCUUGCAAUUGCAAUUCCUACUUCACAAGCUCGUGUUUGAUUCGGGCUAGCCUUCUCAAUAUCACUUUGCUUGACCCAGUUUCUUGCGUAUACCAAAUUAAAACUAGUAAAUGUUGCAAGCACGCCAAGUUUCGAUCGGCGCAUCCUCCGCCAGGAGAAGCGCUACUAGCGUCGCCAGCUCGUCACUCCACGCGCUGCCUGGCCGUCACCUGUCACAUGGACUAGCAUCAUCGUCCCUGACAGCUUCACAGCGUGUUUCAGGCCAGGCCGCAUGUCCGGUUCUGCGGCGCACGGUAGUGCCACACGCCACUCCUGAGAAGCCUGGGUUGAGCCCGUCUUCGACCCCAGCUCAGCAGCAGGGCGACAACGGGCAGCUGCUCUUCUCCAUCGGCAUUGCGGCGCUGUGGAUUGGGCUGUUGGGCUACGCCUUCUUUCUGGCGCCCAACCAGACGCCGUACCGCGACCAAAUCUUCAUCGAGCGCAUUCUGGGCAUUGGGCAGAAGGAUGGCUACGUAGUGGACCCCGUCUUUGUGGGCUUAUUCAACAUCAUGGGCAUCUACCCGGCCAUCUACGCGUCGCUGCUGGUGCCGGCCGGCCGCAGCGAGAACAAGGUCCCCGCGUGGCCCUUCGUGACGCUAUCCUUUUUCUUGGGCGCCUUUGCGCUGCUGCCUUACAUGGCGCUGUGGCGGCCCUACUCCAACCCUGACGCCAACCCGCUGCCGCCGCCCUCCUCGGAGCUGACCGGCUGGAACCGGCUGUUCCUGCGGGGCGCGGAGACGCCGAUCAUGCCGGCGCUUCUGCUGGCGGGCGGGGUGUACUACAUCGGCAUGGCGGUGACGGCGGGCGGCCCGGCCUGGGCCGAGUACUUCAAGCUGUUUGAUGAGUCGCGGCUGGUGCACGUGACCACGGUGGACUUCGCCACGCUCACGGCGCUGGCUCCCUUCUGGAUGGAGAACGACGCGGUGGGCCGGAAGUGGGAGCAGCGAGGGACGCUGCUGCCGGUGCUGUCCUUCCUGCCUGUCAUAGGGCCCGCAAUCUACCUGCUGCUGCGCCCCAAGGCGGAGGCGCCCAAGUAGGCGGCGAGUGAACAUAAGGUGGUUGCCAGUGGGGCAGGCGAUUGGACUGAUGCAGGCAUAGCUUGCGCACCUGAUUGGAGGUGAGGUGUAACGGGCUAGCUUCGUUAGGACUAGAGUGCAUGGUGGAUGGGGACUGGGCCGGCACUGACAUAACUGGAUAUGCGAUGGUGACGCGGCACUGGCCGUGCGCACAUGUAAGCGUUGGAUACCGUGGUGGGACAGGAAACUGGAUGUAUACAGCAAAUACUUCUGUGGGUGUAGGAAUUUUGCCAGCACGAGUACUCACGGGGAUCCAAUGCAAGUGGGGGGAUGACGACCUCACGCGCAGGGGAGUCCAUGCGCCAGGCGCCCGACGAUCGAAGGAAGUGCAGGUCGGUUUCUUUGCAUAAGCCGACUCCGUU